AUGAAUGGGGACCCGAAAACAAAUACGUUUAAGUAUUUUUCUUACGGCAGCAAUUUGUUAAGGGAGAGAAUUUUGAUCAACAACCCAACAGCAGAAGUCUACGGCAUUGGGAAGUUGUCAGGGUACAAGCUCAUGUUUGACACACCCAUUGGAUGUGAGCACAACAGAUGGUAUGGAGCUCAUGCAACUAUUCGUUCGGCCGACCCUGAUAACUAUGUCUGUGGAGUUAUUUGGAAUGUACACAUGGAGGACAUGGAGAAUCUAGAUAGCCAAGAGGCCUACUAUUACCCCAUUGAAGUGCAAGUGAUCGGAGACCGUGGUGAGCUUGUGGCCUGCCGAACCUAUGAGAUGAUCGAGGAAACUACUGGUGAUUGCCUGCCGAGCCCCUUCUACAAAAAGGAAUAUAUAGAAUACUUGGAGAGUUUUCCUGACAACGGGGUCACCGCCACCCCACCCAACUAUCGCAAAGUCUUGAACAUGGUGGAAAUUUUAAAUGAUGAAGAUAGUUUUGAGAAGAUUCAGAGACAUGAAAAUGGGAUUUAG